ACAGUGGGUUUUCUGUUGUUGUCCUGUUUUGAAGCCCCUCCGUCCUGGCAUCCUGCUGCAUCCCUCCACUCUCUUCUUCUUCUUCCUUUCUUUCUUUCUUUCUCCUCCCUCCACAGCGGGACUCUUCCUCGACAGGCUCCUGUCAGGCCGGUGGCGUUCAGUCUUUUGGGAGCUCCGUAGAAGCCAGAAACCAUGCUGACGUUUUUGGCGCUGGCGUCGGUUGUCCUCCUGGGAAUAGUGCCUGAGCAGUCCCAGGCUAUAGUGAUUUACACCGGCUGGGAGCGCCAUGCUCUGGUGGGCUCCGACAUCCGGCUGUCCUGCUCCUUCUUCUCUUGGCGCUGGACCUCGGAGGACGUCACCUUCUCCUGGACAUACAGACCCGAUGGCUCCCGGGACAGCAUCUCUAUCUUCCACUAUACUGGCGGUGUUCCCUAUGUCGACAACAAGGGUCCAUUCAGGGACAGGCUGGAGUUUGUGGGGAACCCUGGUCGCCGCGACGGCUCCAUCCUGCUCAAAAACCUGGAGUUCACCGACAACGGCACCUUCACCUGCGAUGCCAAGACCCCUGACAUCGUGGGAAGACCCUCCAGUGUCCGCCUGCUGGUGUUUGAGAAAGUGCCCAUCCAGGCUGGCGUGAUCACAGGAGCCAUCAUUGGGGUGGUGCUGGGCCUGCUGGUGCUCAUUGUGGUCAUCUACUACCUGAUGAGGUUCCUGGUGGCGCGUCGCGUCUUCAGCCUCAGCGUCAGCAAACAUGGCAAGAAGAAAGAGGGAUCACAGCAGAGACAGGGCCCCGUGCCUCCCGCCGACCCCUCCAAGAUAAAGGUCUGACUUCUCCAUGACUGCCUCCACUCCUCUAGUCUGCUCCCUCCUUUUCUGCCCAGCCUGAUGCAACCCCCAUUAUUCCCCAUUAUCUCUACUCUUUCAAGACAGCACUGGCUAUAAGAAUAGUCCCUACUAUAUCAGUGGCAAGAGUGUCAAAUAAUUUUUACAACGCCUCAUUGGAGAUCCUGUAUGCACUCAUUGGGCAAACUGUAAAACUGUUAAAGGCCUAACUAUGCACAUAACUUCCUUAAGAGGAACCCGACAGACAUCCCUCUGUGUUUAGAGUCCCCUGAAUCUUUCAACCCCGUAAUGUUUACGACUCAAUCACACACAGCAAGCAGAGCUGUGAGUGCACUCUGGACUAUAGAUAGAGAGAAAAAAGCGAGACGACAGAGAGGGAAAAUAGAGUGAUGGUGGGAGAGAAAUAUGAUUCCUGCUCUCGGCCAGCGCAGAUAGAGGUUCAAGCCCUCGAGCUCGGGGGUGAUUCAAUCCUCUCACAUUUGAGCUAAUGGAGGUUGUCGCCGUGUUCCUGCCCUGGCUAAAGGGGGCUAUUUCUGGCCCCUAUAAGAGUGUACAGGGCUUACUGUAACAGCUGCACAUUUUUCAGCCAGCAAGGGAAGCAGGGGAAGAAGAAGAGGCGAGCAGGGGCGAGUAUUGGCAGUGGUUGCUUUGUGCACGAGGCUGUUCGCUGUUGACUCAACGGCCGGCGACUGACAAACCUGGAAUGACGUCACGGCCCUCCGAGGGGCUGGCGGGCGCCCUCAGGAGCCCGACAUAAAGGGAGCUUACCGGGAAGAAGGUGCAGCUUCUGUGCUCUCGGAGUUAUUUUAGGUCCGGUUAAUCCGCUUGCACGUUUCUUCCUCAGCUAAUUAUUUUAGCUCGUGCUGGUAACAAGAUAUCUCUCCCUACAUCUCCCUCACUGCCUCCUCUGCUGUCUCCACUGCUCUGUUGUUCAUCCCCUCUCCUCCCUCUGUUGUUCAUCCCUUCUCCUCCCAUCUUGGGGAAUCAUCUCCUUCCCCGAUUUUCACCCCCUCCGUCUCAUACGUCUCCCCUUUAUCUCGUCCUCUUCGUGCCGUCUAGUCACUCUGCACUGCAUUAUUCCCCCACAGAAAAGGCCUAUACACAAUCCACUCCACUCUUUAAGCCUCUCCUUAUCUGACUGCCAGGCCUACAGCUCAAUGCUCCUCUCUCUCUUCUGUCCUUCCUCCUUCUUCUCUUUUCUCGAAACUUGGUGGCGGACAUCUCUCUCUCUCCCCCCUCCCCUCCGUCUUCCCCAAUGAUCGACGAACGCCCUCUCGUUUGCCCUUCAAAUGCCACCUCCCCUUGAGGCAUGUCCCUUUGCCAGCCUUCCUUCCUUCCGUCCGUCCGUCCUUCUCCGGCCCUUUACAGUCUAGUUUCUGCUGGUUGAAAGCUAAAACGAUCUCCUCUACAUACAACUGACAGAGGAAAGAAACACAUGGGCAGAAAAUCCGCCUUUAGUCCACACUGAAGACGCCAAACGGAAACUUAUAAUCUAGCUAGCCCUUUUCCGGUCGCAAAAAAAAUCCGAUGCAUGUUUUAUGUAUAUGUGUGUCUUGUUAAAGAGUGAUGAGAUUUGAUAUAAAGCAAAAAAAAUUAAAAACAAGCAGUACGUCACCCUAAGUAAAGCAAAUAAUGUUUUUUUUGGGAGACAUUUUUUCACAUGUGUGCAAAAGAGAACACAUGGAGAACAUGUUCAUCAAGGCAGGAAAGAAAUGUAAUUGUAUUCUAUGGAAUAUGUCAUUAUAUUUCUGACCUUGUGUGUUAUGGAGGGUACUGUGUGGCUGUCUCUUUGGUUGUGUUCUUAUCCCGAGACAAAUGGGAAAUCGAGGUUGUAGCGCAGUGUCAGAAAGAAGAUGAGGGGUUGGAUAAGGGUUUAGUUAGCCUCAGAUUCAGCAUUACGUGGCUGGGGAGAAAAUAAACGGGUGAGGAAGGCGCUUGCUGUGGGAGAAAGCUUUGGAGGAAGAGACUUAUCUGGCGUGUUAAGCCCAGCCAAAAAUCCAUAUGUAUCACUACAGAUAGAGGCUGCUCUUCCCCCUGAGCUUUCCUUUAAAGGUGCUCCUUCCCUCCAACCCUGAGCCAAAGAUGGAUUGCGAUCUGCGAGCUUGAUAUGCAGGGUGGAUAGCGUAGACUUGAAUGUUCCUUUAAAAUUCAUAACAGGAAUGGAGGUGCUAAAAAAUCCACACUUUAUAACUGGAGAUCUGUUUCACUAGUCGCUGUUUAACUAUCCAGUCAGAUGGAUUAGUUAGAAUAUUUUCUUCUUUUUCCGCAAAAAAAGCCACACAGACACCUGACAUAAGACAAACAGCAUUAAAAAGUUGCCUUUUAAAAGCGUUUUGUUUGUAUGUAUAUUGAACUGUAUUAGUCAUAGUUGCGCGAUAACAUCCCUUCAUUUGAAAUGACUGGAGCUUCUUACAUUUUUUUACAUUUAUUUUAAUGCUUGGGAUAAUUUGACAUCACUAACUACUUUCGAUGACUCUGUAUAAUAUGUUGUAAAGAGAACGGAAAUAAAAAUAAAAGCACAGCUGUUGUCGACACAAGACAAAGUAAACCCA